AUGGCUUUUCCUCCCCACGUAGUAGAAGACUGCAUGGGUCUCCUCAAACUCUUCAGCGACGGCACCGUUUUCCGUUCCAAUAUUCAGUUCCAAGAAAAACCUUCACCCACCCAACACGACAACCUCGUACUCUUCAAAGACUACAUCUUCCACAAAAAGUUUAACCUCCACCUCAGUCUCUACAAACCCAAACUUGAUGACGGUGAAGGCAACAACGACAAUAACGAAAAGUUACCCGUGCUAAUGUUCCUCCACGGUGGAGGCUUCUGCUUCGGGUCGCGCGCGUGGCCGCAUAUUCAUGCAUGUUGUGCGUGUAUCGCGGUGGCUCUCCGUGCGGUUGUGGUGGCGCCAGACUAUCGUCUGGCACCGGAGCACCGCCUUCCUGCGGCGGUGGACGACUGCGUGGAGGCGAUACGGUGGCUGCAGAGGCAGGGACACGGCGGGGACGCGUGGGCGGCGCGCAGCGUUGACUUUGAUCGCGUGUUUGUUUUUGGCGACUCGUCUGGCGGGAACAUUGCGCACCACCUGGCGGUUCAGCUCGGGUCCGGUUCGAGGGAGAUGGAGCCGGUUCGAGUACGAGGUUACGUGCUGAUGGGUCCGUUUUUCGGUGGGGUGGUUCGGACGAGGUCGGAGGUGGGCCCACCGGAACAAACGCUGACACUUGAUAUGCUGGACAGAUUUUGGAGGUUGUCAAUACCUAUUGGAGGAACAAGGGAUCACCCAUUGGCAAACCCAUUUGGUCCUAUCAGUCCAAACCUUGCACAUGUGAAGCUUGAUCCUAUCUUAGUCAUUGUUGGUGGCAAUGAAUUGCUCAAGGACAGAGCAAAAGACUAUGCAACAAGGUUGAAGGAACAAGGGAAGAACAUUGAAUACGUUGAGGUUAAGGGGAAGGAACAUGGCUUUCUCACUCAUGAUUCUUGUUCACAAGUUGCCCAAGAGGUCCUGCAAGUCAUCAAACGCUUCAUGCUUCAGAAUUCUGAUUAG